AUGCCGCGGGGGCGUGGCCCGCCGCGAGGGGGCGCUAACGGCUACGGCGACUCCGGGCUCCGUCGAGCCCGAAACGCCUCAGAAUACCCCCAAAAGCCACUUUGGACUCCGACCACCCCAUGUCGGGGGCGGGGGCCAAGCGGGUCCCCGAGGGCGGGGGGCCCCCCCGAGAAGAAACCCCCCCGUGAGGAGCAGCCCCCGACCACCCUGAUCGAGCCCCUGCGCCUGGGGGGCAUCUCCUCCACGGAGGAGAUGGACGUGAAGGUGCUGCAGUUCCGCAACAAGAAGCUGCUGGAGCGGCUGGAGCAGCGCCAGGUGUGCGAGGACGAGCUCCGAGAGCGCAUCGAGAAGCUCGAGAAGCGCCAGGCGACCGACGAUGCCACCCUGCACCUGGUCAACAGGUACUGGGCACAGGUGAGACACCUGAGAAACACACCUGGGGGCAUCAAACACACCCCAGGCCACGGACGAUGCCACCCUGCACCUGGUCAACAGGUACUGGGCACAGGUGAGAGACAUCAAACACACACCUGGGGGCACCAAACACACACCUGGGGGCACCAAACACACACCUGGGGCAUCACACACACACCUGGGGGCACCUGAGAUACCUAGGACACACCUGGGCACACCAAACACACACCUGGGCACACCAAACACACACCUGGGCACACCUGGGGGCACCAAACACACACCUGGGGGCACCAAACACACACCUGGGGACACCAAAAAUGGGUUUUUUUUGGGGGUGUUUCAGGGGGUUUUGGGGUCCCCCAACCCCCCACGUUUUUGGGGCCUUUUUGGGGAUCGUUUUGGAGGAGAUUUUUGAGGGAA